AAACAACUGCACACCAGCAUGAUGUAUGGGUGACCUGCUGUCCAGUCUAGGAGUAGCUCAAAGCAGCUGACCAGGCCAGGUCAUCCUGUCUGUAAAACAUGGCGGAACUGAACCUACCAGGAGAGGAGACGGCAGACAAUUCAGAGGAAGAAGACUCUGCUGAAGAGGUAGAAAACUUGUCCGAGGAACCCAGUACUGUAGACGACAGUGUGUCGGAGGAUAACGGUGGUCCCACCAUGCAGGGGAGCUGGGAGGAACACUGGCACUAUAACCCCAGAUAUGACAAGUACUGGCAGCACUGGCACAGCAUGAUGGGCUGGUACCAGCAGCACAGGAAGGCACCAGCACAGGUCCAGGCAGUGUGGCAACAUGUCAUGCAAAAUGGAUAUGCUCCAAUGGAACCAUGUGAAGCAAGGACCAAUCAUUACAGAAGGAGGCGUCACUCGUGGGACAGAAGAAGUGCUUCGAAAGACAGUCUGAGCUCAAAUGCGAAACGGCGUAAAAGGACUAAACGUAAGAAACACAAAAAGAAGCGUAACAGGAAGAAUGUGGCAAAGCACAGUGAUACGGACACGAUGGACACCACCAGUGACACAGGGAACAGUGAAGUCCCGGAGAUUUCUCCCGAGUUCCGAGAGUUCAUGGCAGUGACAGCCAGACAUCGCGAGGAGAGGAGGAGACAGAGGGAGGAGGCUGCCAGGCAGGCUGCUAUGGAGGAGGAUUAUAUUGAGGCUGACAAGCUGGGAUUGCCGAAGUUUGGCAGGACUACAACUGAGGCUCCAGCUCAACAGCCAGGUCAGCAGCGUAAAGCAGAGAUGAAGCGGUUGUAUGGCAUACGGGCACCAGUCAUCCAUGGUCUGGAGACUGCCAUACAGAUGGCGUUUGAUGCCUGCUGUGACCUCAAACAACCCAAACUAUGGCCAACUAUCCCACUCAAACUGUAGAGUCAAGUUUUCCUUUUCUGCUACUUUUUGAAUACUAACAUUUGUACCUGUUACAACUGUUACAAAUGUUU